GAGCGUGGAAAGUCAAACGUUGUUCAGUUUUGUAAACAACUAUAUAGGUUUCUUUGAUAGUUUUUCUAUACUUUCGGGUAAUUACCAAUGUUAGAAUGCAUGGAGAUGGAGCUACUAGUACUACCACGAUAUUUGCUAAUAUUUUCAUUUCAUUUAUCGGCGCUGGGAUUUUGGGAAUGCCUUUUGCCAUCAAAGAGGCUGGUGUCAUUGAAGGCAGUGUUGUAAUGGCUAUAGUGGGUAUUGUUAGUGUAAAAGCCAUGCUUCUUGUGAUUGACUGUAAGUAUAAAACCAUCCAAAAAAAGUGUGGUAAUGGAAAGUCUUUGAAAGCUAAAAAUAGUGAAGCCAGUUUUAAAGGAGAGGCAAAGCAACCACUCUUUGUUGAAGAUGGUAAAAAUCUCAGAGAAAUGAAGGACCAAGACCAAGAAAUCGAUUAUGGAGAUUUAGGACUAUACGCACUUGGUCCAAUAGGGAAAAUGCUAGUUGAUACAAGUAUAGUUGUUUCUCAAAUUGGUUUUUCGUGUGGAUACCUUAUUUUUAUAUCAGAAAAUAUAGCAGAUAUGACAUCAGACCAUUUUUCAAAAUUUGCAGUGUUAAUGGCCAUGUUGCCACCUCUAUUAGUUCUUGUAAAUUUUAGACAUUUAAAAAGAUUGGCUAUAUUCAGUAUUUUUGCAGACUUUGCAAAUGUCUUUGCAUACUGUGUUGUAUUCUGGUUUGACUUUGAACACUUUGAUAGAGUUCGGCUGCAUCCCACACUAGCAAACCUUGAUGGUUUACCAUUUUUCUUAGGAAUAGCUAUAUAUUGUUAUGAGGGUGCUGGUAUGAUAUUAGCACUUGAACUGUCAUGUGCCAAAGAGGCAAGACCAAAAUUUAGAAAAAUAUUCAAGUUUACAUUGGGUUUAGUUACAACUCUUACUAUAACCUUUGGAGCUUGUGGAUAUCUGUCUUUUGGUACAACAACAAGGACCAUUAUUACUCUUAAUCUUCCACCUGGACCAUUUCCAGUCAUUGUUAGAAGUUGUCUUUGUUUUUCAUUGUUUUUUACUUAUCCAGUUAUGAUGUUUCCUGCAGUUGCAAUUCUUGAAAAACAGUUUGUUGAAGAUAAGAAAUAUCAAUUUUACUAUGGGAGUCUUAUAAGGGUAUUAGUUGUAGUCUCAAGUGGACUCAUUGUCAUGGUUAUUCCAAAUUUCUCCAUACUUAUGUCACUAGUUGGUUCAAGUUGCUGUACUUUAUUGUCAUUUAUCUUCCCAGCACUGUUUCAUCUAAAAAUCUUUCAAGAUGAGUUAACAUUUUCACAAAGAGCUACAGACUUUUUUAUCAUUGGUGUUGGAAUGAUAGGGACACUUAUUGGGACUAGUGAUGUUAUUAGGAGAUUGAGGAGUCAUUGACAUUUUGGCAUCCAAUAUUGUAUACAGGAUUUGUUUACAUUAUGACACAACACUGAUGAAUAAAAUAUUAGUAAAUAGAAAAGUGAAUAUGUAUCUAUAGUAUUAAGAGUUUGCUAUUUUAAUUAUACUUAUCCUUCUUAUGCAAGGAAUUGAAGUGCUCAAAGGUGUAUAAAUAUAAUUUUGUAAGUUAAGGUUAUUGUACUAUGAUAUUUUAAGUAUGUAUUAUAAUAUUUGGUAUAUUGUUAUAUGCUCCGAUUGGUCUUUUCAACCAUUUCUCUAAAAUUUCACACGAUUGGAAAAAUUUAGAUGAAAACAUGAAUAUAGAACAAAUGGAUUCCAUUUUCAUUUUUCUGUGUAACUGGACUUCAUAGAGAGCAUCACGUGUACAGCAAACAGCUAACAACAGAGCUGAACCAAUGACCUAAGAAUUUUGUGCCUGGCCAUGUGCUUUUGGUAGUCAUUUGAAAGAGAGACUUUUCACAAUUAUGGCAAGCCCAAAAUAACUCUCACGUUGAGACUGCAAUGUUAAACCCCCAAAAAGCAAGUCAUGUGAUCUUUUCUGCCAUUUUCCGUGAACAUCAUGCUUAACGUCUCUAAUUAUUGGUAAUUAACAGCAGAGGUCAGUCUGCUGUCAGUGUGUGAUUUUGUCAAUCAUCUGUGUUAUACAUGUAUCUAUUGAAGUACAGGUGCACAGAAAUAUCAUUCAUUAUUAUUUAUGAAUAUGUAUGAGAUACAACAAUACGUAAUUGUAUACAUUAUUGACAAAGAGCUUAUUUCAUGAUAUUUGCAUUACUGUAUAAAUUAAUGUCCAAUUAUAUUAGUUAUACAUAAUAUAUUAUGCCCUGACAACAAAUGCCAUGCAGAUAUUUUCAUUUUUGUAAUCUAAGGCUACAUUAGUGAAGGCUAGACUAAACAUAAUUAUAUUAUCUUUUUUUAAAUGUUUCAAGUUUUCAUUUGAUGUUUUGCUUUUCAGACUCAUUUUUGCUGAGCUUUACUUUUUUUUGUGGGUGGUGAGACAUUUUAGCCAAGUUCUAAACAUUCAGAGGUCUGUAAAAUAUAAAGUUUGGUUCCAAAAGGAAGCAAAGAAUGAAAGGGAUGAUAACUGUGUUGCAGUACAGCCAAAAGGUUGUGUGCAUUGAAUGAUAUAGUGUAUAUCUGUUUAUUCACUGCAGCAAUAAUCCAAAAUGGAGCACAAUAAGAUUUUGUACAAAUUUAAUUUAUGCAAUUUUGUUUUACUAAGGAUUGAUAGUUAUAUUAAUCAUUUGCAUUCUCAAAAUUCAUUUAAAGACAGUAAAUAUAUUUUGUAAAAGGGUCACUGAUAUGGAAAUGAAGGAAAAUAAAUUUAUAUAAUUAUUAAUGUUA